AUACAUCCGCCUUGCGCCGCACGUUAUAAACAAAGCAACGCGUCUGUCACUGCAGUUAUUUACGCUGAUUCCAGCGAGGGAAGACAAAAAAAAAGUUUUUGUGGACUUUAGUUUUCGUGGGGGAGUGUUCGUCUCAGGACAAUCACAAGUUAAGCCGACAGGUUCUGCAGCCCUUUGAAAUGGAUGACAUCCAGGUUGUUGAGUCCAAACCCCUGCUGGUUGACAGGGAACUGCCGGGCCUGAGAGAGGCUGUGCAGCAGCUGGUUAUCAAGGAGCACGAUGUGGAGACUCCUCAUGGAAGAAUCCACUGUACGGUGAAGGGGGUUCCCAAGGCGGACAGACCAGUCAUCCUCACCUUCCAUGACAUUGGACUGAACCACAAAACCUGCUGGAACUCGCUCUUCAACCAUGAGGACAUGUCAGAGAUCAUGCAGCACUUCGCCGUGUGUCAUGUUGAUGCCCUCGGGCAGCAUGAGGGAGCUAACACCUUUUCCACUGGAUAUGAGUACCCUUCUAUGGACCAGCUCUCUGAGACCCUCCCCCUGGUGCUGAAGCACUUUGGGCUAAAGAGUGUUAUUGGAAUGGGCAUCGGAGCCGGGGCCUACAUACUGACCAGAUUCGCUCUGGACUACCCGAACAUGGUGGAGGGGCUGAUGCUCAUCAACAUCAACCCAUGUGCUGAGGGAUGGAUGGACUGGGCUGCACACAAGAUCAGUGGCUGGACUCACGCCAUGCCGGACAUGAUCAUCAGCCACCUCUUUGGAAAGGAGGAGAUCCACCACAACCAGGACCUGAUCGGAACAUACCGCCACCACAUCCUAAACGAUAUGAACCAGUUCAACCUGCACCUCUUUGUCAAGUCCUACGAAAGUCGGAGGGAUCUGGAAAUCGAGAGGCCGGUCCCUGGAAGCAACGUCAGAACCCUCAAGUGCCCCUCUCUGCUGGUGGUUGGCGACAGCUCUCCUGCUGUGGAGGCUGUGGUUGAAUGCAACACCAAGCUGGACCCAACAAAGACUACUCUGCUGAAGAUGGCGGAUUGCGGCGGCCUGCCCCAGGUGGACCAGCCUGGCAAACUGACAGAAGCUUUCAAGUACUUCAUUCAGGGCAUGGGAUACAUGCCCUCUGCCAGCAUGACCCGCCUGGUCCGCUCCCGCACCGCCUCCGGCUCCAGCGUCACCUCCUUCGAAGGAAACCGCUCCCGCUCCCACACCAGCGAGGGAAACCGCUCCCGCUCGCACACCAACGAGGGCAGCCGCAGCCGCAGCCACACGGCCGAGAACCAGCGCGGCCGCUCCCACACGGAAGGCUCCAUGGACGGCACGGCCAACAGCAACGUGGACCAAGCCGUGCCCAAGUCCACCGAAGUGUCCUGCUAAGUGAACGUCCAUCCUCCAGACACCGAAACCUUUCAAGGUCCCUUCGGUUCGUGCUGCGCUGCCUCUGACUGACACACACAAUUCCUACCCACACACACACACACACACACAGAUGUGGAGAGGGAAGUAAGAUAGCAUACCUGGAAUUAAAAAAACGCACAACACUCAGCUGCAGACUGUCCAGUGCAGCUGAGAUCCUCCAGUUUGAAAAUAUGUCUUUUCAGGGAGAGGUCAGGAUCAACUGUAGGCCUGUUUGUCAUUCCGAGCUCGUUGGUCAGGUCAGUGUGAAGUCAGGGGCAACGCAGCAUCUGGGGAUGCCGAAGCAGAGAAUGUCGUAGAAAGCUGUGGCGACGAGCACACCAGCUUGUACAUGUAUCUCUCAUAAUCGCUCAUACGUAUAAAACCAUGUUUUAAUUUCCAUUUCUGCGUUCCCUCCCCGUUUUUAUCCAUUUUUACCAUAUUGACACAGCUUUCUCAAAUACACCUGACUGUAAAUGACUGUUUUCUGUUCCCACUGUAAUUGUUUGAUCAUUUAUUCUUUAUUUUCCAUGUCUGAAGUGUUGUCGUUUGUACGUAGGAGCAGAUUUGUAAAUGUGGAUAGAGAGCGUGGUGGCACAAAAUGGGAGUUUGCCUCACAAAUUGCUACGUAACUUUGAAAAUUAAGGGACGGACUUCAAAUAUAUCAUGUAUAUACAUCAAAUGCUAUAGUUUCAUCUCACCAGUGUCCAUUAUCCUUGAGUUUUUUUCAAAACAUUCCCUGUUCUCUGAACAAUUACACAUUCGCUCGCUGGUGAACUUUAAAUCUUUUCAGGAAUCAAAUUAUCAUUUUGAAUACAUUACAGUGAGACUGUAUGCUUCGUCAUUAAUCACAUUCUGAAACACAAAUUCAAAAGCUUUUACAUAAUAUGCUUUAUUAAAGGAUCAUGGCUUUCUUCUUUUUUUUUACGAUGAUUUCUAUGCAAUCAAGCACAAUGGAACAAAGACGUGCCAUGGAUUGAAUGAUGAAUUGUUCACUUUUUAGACGUGAUGCUCCUAUGUGGUUGUGGAUUUUUGGGUGAGUGAAGUGAUAGGUCCACAUGCUAACAUGAGGAUAGCCAUAGAACUUACCUGACCCCUUCUACUCCUGUAUUUCACUUGCACUACAGCAACAUUUUGCUUUGUAGAACACAUAUACAGCUUUGUAAAGAUGCGAUGCACAACUGUCUAAUGCUGUAGAAAAGCAUUAAAAUGACAUAACAGUUUGUAUUUAUUAAAAAAAUGACAAUAAAAAACUUGUAACUGA